AUGGGUUUGCCCAGAAAUGUCUGGAAGCCUAAUUAUUACUUUGUCCGAAUCGAGUACUUAUUCCUGAAGAUGCUCCACACGGCUUUCCUCAUGACAGUGCCGCAGAAGGAGCGUGCUGAAAUCCGGAAAGAAGUAACUUGGCUCCGACUCGUUGGGUUACAGAGCGUGGCACCCGUCUCUUGUAGCCUUGGCAACUGGCUGUGGCUUGGGCAGGCAAUAGUUCCUGCUUUGGAUGGUUCUAUACCUUCUGCUCUUCCUGAGCAAAGAUUUUCUGCUGAAGCUCCGAAGUGGGGUGCUGCCUUUGGUGAUCUGAAUCCUCUUGGGAAGCGAUCCUUCUGGCUGGACAGAGCGUUCCUCGUUGCGCUCGGGGAGCUCCACGCACCCAGUAGCAGUCUCUAUAAUGAGCUCGUGGAUCUUGCCUCGGGUGGCCGCACCAGACCAGUUACAGCAGUUGAGUUUCUCGGUGUUCAGCGUUGCGAAAGAGAUGCUGAUCUGGGCUUGUGGGAUCUGUUCAAUACCCACAGAUGCACCUGCAGAGAUGUUGUUACCUGCCCAGAACAACUCAUAAUUUAUCUCCAGUUUCAUGGUAGUCGCUCUUCCAAAACCUUCAAACCAAAGAAGAAUAUUCCAGAGGGGUCUCAUCAGUACGAGCUGCUAAAACAUGCCGAAGCCACGCUUGGAAGUGGUAAUCUCCGGAUGGCCGUUAUGCUUCCAGAGGGUGAAGACUUAAAUGAAUGGGUUGCAGUUAACACUGUUGACUUCUUCAACCAGAUCAAUAUGCUUUAUGGAACCAUUACGGACUUCUGCACAGAGGAGAGCUGCCCCGUGAUGUCUGCUGGCCCAAAAUAUGAGUACCACUGGGCAGAUGGGACCAACAUAAAGAAACCAAUUAAGUGCUCUGCACCAAAGUACAUUGAUUACCUGAUGACUUGGGUCCAGGAUCAGCUGGAUGAUGAAACGCUAUUUCCUUCUAAAAUAGGUGUUCCGUUCCCAAAGAAUUUUAUGUCAGUGGCAAAGACAAUUUUAAAGCGUCUCUUCAGAGUUUACGCUCACAUUUAUCACCAGCACUUUGAUCCAGUGAUCCAGCUACAGGAAGAGGCACACCUUAACACUUCUUUCAAGCACUUUAUAUUUUUUGUUCAGGAAUUCAACCUUAUUGAUAGAAGAGAACUUGCACCACUUCAAGAACUGAUUGAAAAACUCACCUCUAAGGACAGAUAAAAGGAGGAGGAUUUCUUGAAGUCACUUGUUCCUUUAAGCAAGCGUGUGGUAUUUGUUUUUUGUUGAUUUGUUUUUUUAAAAAACACAACAAAACCCCCUGCUGUUACUAAUGACAGCCAAGAUACACUUUCUGUGCUUUUAUUAGGGGAAAUCUUUUUAUCUGUUAGUGACACAUGGUAAAUAGCUUUUUUUCCCCCCCCCCCCCCGAUUGUUGUUACUCAUUGUGGACUUAUAGCAGGUGCUGAGUGUUUAUAAAGGAAACGUGCUUGAUUGGGGGAUUGACUCUGCUGGUGGAUGGGUUCUUGUAUUGUGUCAGUGGUAGCCCAUUCUCAUGAAGUCCCUACAAAAGACUUGCUUACGUUCUCUAAGUGCCUUGGCAGACUCACUUCUGAGGUGCAAAGCACAUACAAUACUGAACAUUGCUGGAAACAGAAAAUACGAACUAACACCCAGGACACUUACUGAUACUUCUUUUAGAAAAAUAUAUAUAUGCUUACACUAAAAAAAGCCAUAACUUCCUGAAAUCAAUGAUCUCCAGCUUUUAAUACAAAUAUUUGUCUUAUUUUUUUAGGGAUUAAUAGAGCAUUUUUCAAAACUAGAUAUUUCUUAUAAAGAAAAGUGAUGGUGAAGUUCUAGUUGCUAAAGCGAAACGCUGAAGGUGGUGUCAAAAUGACAAAGAACCCGCGCUUAGCAAGUAGCUACGUGUCUGUUGCCAUUGGUUUUGGCUCUUCAUAGUUGCUUUUUUAUUUUUUUUCUAACAGGGAAGCCUCAACUUGGGUCAGUCACUUUUGUUAAGUUUCCUAGCAUUUGCCAAAUGAAUAGUUAGUUUGCACAAAUACCAUUAGGGAAAGUGUCCGAUAUCAAAACAUGCACUGGGGUAAUAGAAAAAUCUGGCUUGAAAAAUAACGAGUGAAGUGAUGUUGGUAAGUUAGGAGUAAAAAGCCUGGCUCUGUGGAGGAUCUCUGGUGGCCAGUGUUCUCUGUAGUAGGAAAUUUAAUGUUGGAGGGAAUAUAAUGUCCUGGACCACUUGGGAUUUAUGUUAGCACGAUAGUGUUCUCCCCCAUUAAAAAUUGCAGCCCAUCUCCAAGGAACUACAGCAGUUGUGAAGAGUAAUAGGAACAUACUGGUGAAUUUUUAGUGGUUCCUGAUGUGGUAAGCGCAUCUUCUGUUUGUGAGAAAAACUAAUCCAAAUGUGGCCUUCCCCUUCCUGGGUUAGUGUCUUUGCCUCCCUUGUGUUUUCUCAAACCAGAAAUGAGACUCGCCGGUGAGAAGUUAACCUCUGGGGUGAUGCACAGGCGAUGACUUGGAAAUUCCUGCUGCAGCUGUAUCGGUGAGGUUUCCCAUAGCAGAAGCCCGUGUGACAAGCUCUCUUGAUCACUUAGGAUCUUGUCAAAGCCGUUGCGUUUUGGAUUCAGAGAAAACUGUAUUUAAGUUCUGCUGUGGGCUAUCCCAUGAUAUCCCUGGUUGCCAAAUGCAGUAUGCUAGGCGGUUAAUGUUGCCAGGCUUUGCUAGGCUGUGACUGCACAAAACCACCGGUUUUAGACCUGAAUAACGUCAGGACCUUAACUGACUGGUGUGUGCUAGACUGACUUGUGAACCUCUAAAAUGUACAGGUGAAGCCAAGGUUAGCACGUGAUGGAAAAGUUGAGCUUACAUUUUUGUUAGUCUUUGCUUGACUGAAAAUGCUGAGUGAAGUGGAAAAGACUGUGCAGCAGCCUGCAAAAUCCGUAAGUGGCUGUUAGUGCAGGCAGCUAAUAAACAUCUAAGCACAGUGAUAAACAUGUACUCAUUUGGGAGACUAGAAUCACUACUUCUGAGUUAAGAUGAUGUCUUUCAGGAGCACCUGAAGGUUGUUCGAAAAACUGCAUCAUCUUCAGUGGAGUUCAAUCUCCUAGGCUGCUUAAUUUACUUCCCGGAGAAGCAAUUUAAUGUUUUGUUACCUCUUCUGUGCCCCUCCCCAAACAGACUCAAGAACAAUUGAGAAAACCUAGUAUUGACCUAGAAACUGGCGUUGUGUGCUUUUUUCACUGCUUCUUAUUUAGAAAUGGAAACACGGAGUGUUGGGUAGUGAAGAACAGUCCUGCGGUGGCGUUCGUACCGAAUUUAGGUUUGGCUACACUGGUGUUGGAUAGAGAGGCUGCUUGCAAAACACCUGCAGUUUAGCUUUUGAAAUUAAGACAGUCCUUGGUUUUAUUUAAAGCUUUGUUAGUGUUCAAGAAAACGUAGAAUGUGUUUAGCUCCUUGGCAGAUCUGUGUCAUUGCCCAUUAUAGUCUACUGAAAGGACAGGUGAAAUUUUCAGUUAUCCUGAUGUUUGGGCUUCUUUAAUGUCAUACAGAAUUACCAAGUUUUCUUAAGGUGUGGAUGUCAAGAGAAAUUACUUUUAUGUUGUGUUUUUCUUAACAUCGAGUGUUGGGAUUGGAUUGGAGUUACCACAGUCCACGCUGAGGCAAGCUGAUGAUGCAAAGAGAGCUUUCCCUCAAACAUCGCAACAGACUCCUAGUUUAAAGAAGGUGAGGUAGGGUCUUUCCCCUUCUCAGCCAGUAAGGGUCUUGACUCUCCCGUGUGCGUACAUGCGUGUGGGAGGGAAAGAGAGGAGAUGCUCAAUCCCUGCUACCUCCUCAGGGAGCUGGGGGUUGGAAAAAUACGCACAAGGCGUAAGAAGACGAGAGGCAAAAGUAGGCAGGAAGCACGAGCGCAAUUGCCUUGCCUUUGGGAAGUCGCCUGUGACUGCACUGUUCACCCCCGUGCUUUUGUCAGUCCUGCUCUUCUAGGACAUACCUGCUCUGGCAAACGUUGGGUUUCCCCAUGCGAUCCUGCUGGCCAGGGGAAGAGUCAGCCAGGGCUGUGGCGCCUAAAUGCUGCUGGUUGGAGUCGUGUAAUGGGCUGAUAAGGAAGAAGGAGCUCCCGUGGGCAGAAUAUCCCAUGUGUUGGACUGGGCAAGUGCCAUCCUGUUGAACAGCUGGAGAAAAAGCGUUCCUUUGGUAUGCGCUAUCCUUCUCGUGUGCUGUAGGGCGUGUUUGGCAUGGUAGCUGGGAAUGCAGUGGUGGUACAGGUGGUGGGCAUCAUUCGUGAUGGCUUUGGAGCUGCAGGAUUGCUUUUAACCGAGUGGCACACCCAAGAUCUGAUCCGGCCGUGGCCACGUAAGCCUGGUUUGGGAGCGGUAGGCUGGCAGUGCUAGCUUUGGGUGCAGGGUCGGAGGGCUCUCUUAGUUCAGGACUGAGUAACGCAGAGGACUGUUGUCUUUUUGGAGUGAGGGGAGCGGUCAGCGUCCACCUGACCACACAAAAGCAGCUGAACUCCCAAAUUAGAACUACGCAGUUGUAAACAGACUCCAGUCAAGUAGGAAGCUCAAUUUGAGAACAUGAUCUUACAGCCCUUUGAGGCUAUCUGGGGGGUGUUGAAUGACCAAAAAUUUCCAGCCCCAGAGGCGUGAAGAGCGCUGCAGAUGCAGUUUGAUAUUAAAAAUCCUGUCAACUUCCCAGUGCAAACGGCUUUGCUGAGUUGAGUCAGCGCUGCGCGUGCAUGUUGGCUGCGCUGGUGGUGCUUCCUGGGGAGGAGCCUCUCAGCCGGCGCUGGAGCUCGUGUUCCCCCAUCGCAGCGAGGAGGGAGAGCGAGAAUGGCAGGAGCCUGCUCCGAGGUGCUAAGCAGGACAUAUCCUCCAACAGAUUGAAAGCUGUCUCCUUGGCUUGGUGUCACGUACCAGUAAGAAACUCAAAAGAAAAGUACUCAGAAGUGAGGAUUUGCUUGGAGUGAUGCCAAGCGCAGUAGCUCUCAUUUUUGGCGUACUUCUGCUCUGGAAGGUAGGGGGUUUUGCCAUUGUUGGGUUGUUUCUUUUUUUUUUUUAAAUAGCCAAUUUUAGAAUUUCAGAGCUAUCUGCUGCAGUUCAGCUGAUCAGAAUUAGAAUGUAUUAUGUAAACAAAAAAAUACCAGCCUUAGGUGGAUAGCGCAUUUUUAGUAUUUAGUAACAGGCAGUAGAAAACACUUUGACAGAAAAGUUUCUAGGCAUGUAAUAAAAGCUUGGAGAUCGUGAUUUGCCUGACAGCUGUACAAACACAUUGUUUAAUAAAUAACACUUGAAAAUAACAACUUUAAAGAUCUAUAUGCAGUGUUGGGGGUUUAGUAUCCCUAUGCUGUUUAUAUUUGCAGCUUUUAAUUUUUGGUUUUUUUUUUUCUUCAAAAAGAUGUGGGACCAGAAGUUGAUGUGUGUUUACUCUCCUGACCUAAGGGCACAUUGAAAUGCUAAACAAAAGUUGCCAUGUUGUACAAACGCAAUCUGGAUGGGGUGAAUGUGUUUAUAACACAGUGCAUUUGUUGGGGGGAAGGGGGACACCCCCUCGACCCCCCUAAAUAAAACCCAGAGAAAUGAACCCUGCACAAACCCCGCGCUGCUCUAGGCCCACGUUCCAGAUGGACGCCGUUAUGUGUCACGAGCGCGUUGACGCAAAAUCCUUGAGCUUUGUCGUUGGGAGCG